AUAUCUUCCUGUCCCCUAAAAAAUAUAAAAUAUACAUAUAUAUAUACUACAUGUCAAUAAACAAAAAGUAUUCACUGCCAGUCAAUCUUAUUUAUUGUAAGGAAAGCUCCUGCAACAUAUAUAUGUACAUACACAAUAUGUAUGUACACAAAAAGCAAAAGAAACUACACAGAUGUCAAGGGUGAUUGAUCAUGGACAUCCAUGCACAAUAAGCACACACAAUCUUCUGGGAGAUGUAGACGUACACGGCAAAAGAGAAGCUCAUGAGCAGUACGUCCUUCCAAUCCCCCUUCUGCUUGGGUGACAAGCCCUCCAUCAGUCCCGUCCCCAGCUUGCCAGCCUCACCGUACAUCUCCACCAACAGCCCCCUCCAUGACUUCCCCUCCUUGCUUCUCCGCUUCUCCUUCUCAUUCUCUCCCCCGCCCCCGGCAGGCCCCGCCGACAGCUGGCUUCGGCAUGGCGGAGACUGCUUCACCACCCUGGGGGUGGGCUUGAUGGGGUGGAGGCGACUGCUGUGGACUCCGCGAAGAGGAGGGCCGAACGAGAGAGCAGCCAUGGGAGGAUGGCUUUGCCGUAUGGGGAUGUUCCUCUCCCGGCGGUCGACCGAUGAGAUAUGGGCUGUGGGCCAUCAUGUGUGACUGCCAUGAAGGAGAGGAUAAGUUUCAAUAAUACCACACAUAAAUCCAACAGCCGGGAAGAAAAUAUCUGUCGGCUCAGCCAAUUAAAGAACAGCAAGCUCGAUCUGAACUCGAAUCUAUCCUUAAAUGGACUUGGCUCAGCUGCACCCUUGGAUCGAUCCGAUCACCACGGACGCACCCGAUCUCGGUUGAGCUCGGUCGGAUUCCCGCCUCGUUCGCGCGCCACAGUGUCAAUAUUCUCACGUAGAGGCAAAAACUCGGUGGACAACAGAGUGGUGAUCGCGAGAUGUCGAAAUCCGGUGCUAUGGAUCUCGCUACGAGAGUGGGAGGGUCGAUCAAGAAGGAAGACGUGCAGUCCGCUGUGGAUCGGUACGAAAAAUAUCAUGUCUGCUUUGGUGGUGAAGAGGAAACAAGAAAAGCAAACUACAGUGAUAUGGUAAAUAAGUACUAUGAUCUUGCCACAAGCUUCUAUGAAUUUGGUUGGGGACAGUCAUUCCAUUUUGCUCCCAGAUGGAAAGGGGAGUCUCUUGGCGAAAGCAUUAAGCGCCAUGAGCACUUCAUUGCCUUACAACUAGGACUGAAACCUGGGAUGAAGGUUCUGGAUGUGGGUUCCGGAAUCGGUGGACCUCUAAGAGAGAUUGCUAGGUUUAGCUUAACUUCCGUUACAGGGAUCAACAACAAUGAAUAUCAGAUUUCCAGAGGAGAAGAGCUCAACCGAUUAGCGGGAUUAAGUCAUUCGUGCAACUUUGUUAAGGCUGACUUCCUGAAAAUGCCAUUUUCGGAUAACGAGUUCGACGGCAUCUACGCGUUCGAUGCACUUUGCCAUGCACCAGAUCCAGUAGCCUGCUACAGAGAGAUCUGUAGGGUGCUGAAGCCCGGCCAGUGCUUUGCCGCAUCUGAAUGGUUCAUGACCGAUCACUUCGAUCCAAACAACCAAAGUCACCAGAAAAUAAAGGCCGAAAUCGAGCUUGGCAAUGGACUCCCAGAUAUAAAGACCACUAGAGAAUGUGUUGAUGCACUGAAACUUGCAGGAUUCGAGGUCGUAUGGGCGAGGGAUCUUGCGGUGGAUUCUCCUAUACCUUGGUACUCGCCAUUGGAUGUAAACCGGUUCUCCCUCAGUGGCUUCCGCUUGACGGCUUUUGGGAGAGGGAUUACUAGAGCCAUGGUCAAGGCUCUGGAAUUUGUUCGCAUUGCGCCGGCAGGAAGCGCGAGAGUCUCAUCAUUCCUGGAGACGGCCGCCGAGGGGCUUGUGGAAGGUGGAAGGAAGGAGAUCUUCACACCAAUACACUUCUUUUUGGCCAGAAAGCCUCUCUCACGUUCUUGAGAAAGUUCAAGGCUCUGAAUUUGCUAGUUGCACAAGUGCCGUGCGAUCUCGCAAAGUCUAAAACUACAACACUGGUCAUUAACUAUUUUCGUUUUCCAACUUUGGAUGUUGUUGUUGGAAACUUUGGUUUGCAUCCUCGGGGAUCAAUAAUUACUUGGUGUUCAGUUUUCA